AUGCACUACGCCCACUGCGCCGCCAACGACGGCUGCAAGCUCGCCUUCCAGUCCUCCCUGCCCCUCGCGGGCGCCGCCUCGGCCACGCAGUGCGUGCUCCUCAUGCACGGCUUCAGCGGCUCGAGCGACUACUUCCGCCGCAACUUCGACGCCCUCGCGGCGGCGGGCCUCUGGGUCGUCGCCCCCGACAUGCGCGGCCACGGCCGGUCCGACCGCACGCGGGGCGGGUACCACGUCGCGCGCCUCGCCGCCGACCUGCGCGACCUCAUCGCCGAGCUGCGCCGCGCCGCGCCCGGCGCGCGUUUCGUGCCCGUGGGCUGCUCCAUCGGCGCCGCCGUGCUGUGGACCUACGUCGAGCUGUUCGGCUGCGCCGACUUUGCCGGCCUCGUCUUCGUCGACCAGGCCCCGCUGCAGGACCGCUCGUCCUUUGACGGGUGGGACGAGAGCAGGGCGCACGCGGGGUGCUACGACGAGAAGACGACGCUCGCCGCCCAGCGGUUCUGGAUGGGCGACCCCGCCGCCGCCCACGUCGACCUCGUGGACGGGUGCCUGGGGUACCGGGCGAAGCCGGACCCGGCCGACGACGUCCCCGCCGAGAAGAGGCGCGAGGACGAGGCCUUCUUCACCGGCAUCAGCGCGCUGUGCGACCCGGCGUGGCUGGCGAGGCUGCUGGCGGACCACACGCGGUACGACCACCGCGAGGCCAUCGAGGCCAUCAGCGUGCCGACGCUCGUCAUGGCUGGCCGGCGGUCCGGGUGCUUCCCCCUCGAGGGCAUGCUCGAGACGGUCAGGCGGGUGGAGAAGGCCAGGCCCGGCCUGGCGAAGGCGUCCGUGUUCGAGUCCGGGCACUGGCUGUUCUACGAGCAGCCGGAGAGGUUCAACAGCGAGAUUGUCGAGUUUGUGGGCCAGUGCUCCAAGUGA